GCAGAUCAACGAAUAGAUGCGGAACAGGGAGCUGAAGAAGAGCAUAGCGGGCAUUCAUAGGUAGAGGGGGCGGAUGAGUGUUGCCCUUCAUCACUUGAGCACAAUUUUAUACUGUUGAGGGCCUUGUUGUCUUGUUUUCACGUAUUGGACCGGGAUUAACACUGACCCGCUGUGAAAAUGGCGCAGCCUGACACCAAGAAGAUCUUCUUUGAGAACCUGUCGGGAGCAGGGAAAGCUAUUGCAGUGCUCACGAGCGGAGGAGAUGCUCAAGGAAUGAAUGCUGCUGUACGGGCUGUAGUUCGAAUGGGUUUAUAUGUGGGAGCAAAAGUUUAUUUCAUUCAUGAGGGAUAUCAGGGAAUGGUGGACGGUGGGGAGAACAUAAAGGAAGCCACAUGGGAAAGUGUCUCCAGUAUGCUACAAGUGGGUGGGACUGUUAUCGGCAGUGCCCGCUGUAAAGAGUUUCGCUCCCACGAGGGACGCCUGAAGGCAGCUCACAACCUGGUACAGCAAGGCAUCACCAACCUAUGCGUGAUCGGGGGAGAUGGCAGUCUGACAGGAGCAAAUCUGUUCAGGGAGGAGUGGAGUGGGCUGCUGGGGGAGCUGGUGGACCAAGGCUUGAUCGAAGCUGAUGCCGUUCAGAAGUAUUCAGCCCUUCACAUUGUGGGGAUGGUGGGAUCCAUUGAUAAUGACUUCUGUGGAACUGACAUGACAAUCGGUACUGACUCGGCUCUGCACAGAAUCAUUGAGGUGGUGGACGCAAUUAUGACGACUGCACAGAGUCACCAGAGAACAUUUGUGUUGGAGGUCAUGGGCAGACACUGUGGCUACCUGGCCUUGGUGAGCGCCCUGGCUUGUGGAGCAGACUGGGUGUUGAUCCCUGAGAUGCCCCCAGAGGACGGAUGGGAGGACAAGAUGUGUCAGAAACUGUCUGCGACCCGCUCCAGGGGCACAAGGCUGAACAUAAUCAUAGUUGCAGAGGGAUCCAUUGACAGGCAUGGGAAGCCUAUAACUUCUAAUUAUUUGAAGGAACUCGUCGUUAAGUGUUUGGGUUUCGACACACGAGUGACAAUCCUGGGACACGUGCAGAGAGGAGGGACCCCUUCUGCUUUUGACCGCAUCCUGGCCAGUCGUAUGGGUGUGGAGGCUGUCCUCGCUCUCCUGGAGACCACUGCAAACACUCCAGCCUGUGUGGUCUCUCUAUGCGGUAACCAAUCUGUGCGGCUGCCUCUGAUGGAGUGCGUACAGAUGACUCAAGAGGUCCAGAAGGCCAUGGACGAGAAGCGGUUCGAGGAGGCUGUAAAGCUUCGGGGCAGGAGUUUUGAAAACAACCUGAAGACAUACAAACUGCUGGCUCAUCGUAAACCAGAAUCUGAACUGCCAACUAGCAACUUCAACGUUGCUGUGUUGAACGUCGGAGCCCCUGCAGCGGGGAUGAACGCUGCCGUUCGAUCAGCCGUCAGGGUGGGAAUCUCUGAGGGGCACAAGAUGUUUGCUGUCAGUGAUGGGUUUGAGGGAUUCUACAAAGGGCAGAUAAAGGAGAUUAAAUGGGCUGAUGUUGGAGGAUGGACGGGACAAGGCGGAUCUUUGUUGGGAACUAAAAGAACACUUCCUGCAAAGCAUGUUGACAAAAUUGCCGAGCAGAUGAGAAUGCACAACAUUAAUGCACUCCUUGUUGUCGGUGGAUUUGAGGCCUUCCUGUCACUGCUGGAAUUGUUAACGGCGCGCGGGAAAUAUGACGAGUUCUGUGUGCCCAUGGUCAUGGUCCCAGCCACUGUCUCCAACAAUGUGCCGGGCUCAGACCUCAGCAUUGGCGCUGACACGGCUCUGAACGCCAUCACUACUACUUGUGACCGCAUCAAGCAGUCAGCCAGCGGGACAAAGAGACGUGUGUUCAUCAUUGAGACUAUGGGAGGUUACUGUGGAUACCUGGCCAGCGUGGGCGGCCUCGCUGCCGGAGCCGAUGCUGCUUACAUCUAUGAGGAACCGUUUGACAUCAGAGACCUGCAGGCUAAUGUUGAACAUUUGACAGAGAAAAUGAAGACCAGCAUUCAAAGAGGAUUGGUCCUCAGGAAUGAGAACAGUAAUGAAAACUACACCACAGACUUUAUCUACCAGCUGUACUCUGAAGAGGGGAAGGGCGUGUUUGACUCCAGGAAGAAUGUGCUGGGACACAUGCAGCAGGGAGGAGCACCGUCUCCGUUUGACCGUAACUUUGGGACAAAGAUCUCUGCCAAAGCGAUGCAGUGGGUGACCAAGAAGCUGACGGAAACAUUCAGACAGGAUGAAGGUCGCGUGUUUGCGAACACUGAGGACUCCUGCUGUCUGCUGGGGAUGCGUCGUAGGGCUCUGGUCUUCCAGCCUGUUGUUCAACUCAAGGAGCACACUGACUUUGUUCACAGGAUCCCCAAGGAGCAAUGGUGGCUGAAGCUGCGUCCUCUGAUGAAGAUCCUUGCCAAGUAUAAGACGAGUUACGACGUGUCAGACUCCGGACAGCUGGAGCACGUUGUACGCAACCGGCCCAAAGAGUCGGACGCUUCGGUAGCCAUGUGAAGGCCGCUGCGUACGGUGGCCUGUGAAGUCCAGUCUGUGUGUAAGACUGAAGGUCUGUGAGGCGUCAAUCUGAGCUCAAGUAACAACGUCACAAUCUGUAUUCAUUUCCUGUUUGUGUCUUCUCCCUCAAUGACUCACCUCUUUGUUUUGUCUUGACAGACUCAUGACCUGUAACCUAGCCUCUGAAGUGUUUCUAAUACCAAACACACACUCAUCAUUUCACACACACAAUCUGUCUGUGUGUCCUUGUCGCCCUGGAUGUUUUAGUGUCACUGUUGUUUUUAAAAUUGCACUUUUCUCUGUCUCCGGCUGCUUAGGCGAGCUCUGAGCGCAGAGCUGCACCAGGACAGAAUAGACACUGCAUCUGCUGUAAUACCAGUGUGUGUAUCUGCCUAGAAGUGUGAGGUUCAGCAUAUUUAUGUGAGACUGAUGCAAUACAGUUCUAUCGCUGCAAGUCAAGAGGACUGUGUGCUGUGCUUUACACUGAAACUAAUAUUUAUCUUUUUAACUUUUGUUUUAUUUUGCUUGUCAACAUGGAUAUAUUAUUAACUGUAGGCGCUGCUGUACUGAGUAGCUGUCUGUCUUAUUGCACCAACAAGUUAGAUGUAUAAGAGACUAAUGUUUCCCACAAAAUAAAGCCAGACUUGAAAAGUGUACCCUA